UGUGUACUGGCACUAUUAGUGAUUCUCUUUCCGGUCGACUAUAAGGUCAUCGAGGUCCUCCAUGUCAUGUUUACCAACAGAUAUUAACAGCUAUCAAGGAGCGGAUAUGACGUAGAAGUAUUCCUUCAACGCAUGUCCAGCAUCCUCUGUCAGGAUGGAUGAGGAAACAGUUGACUGGGUGAUGUCGGAUAACUCUGUAGAUACUUUGUCAGGUGUUCCACUUUCCGCUGUGGUCUUUUUGUUAUACUACGGGUUCGAACUACAACACUUCUUGCUACAGAUUUCUGACUUGUUAUUAACACGCUACCCACUAAAACUUUACGAUGUUGGAAGAUCAAGUGUCUACCUUGGCGGGAGUUGUGCUCAUGGAUUCUUUCUGAAUUCAAAUCGACUUACCGAAUUACGCGAUUUCGACAUUGUGACCAUUCUAAAGAAAUAUGAUAUAAAAACACAAUGUGAAUACGACAAAGCUGAAAACACUGAGUUCUUCAGUGGUCAAGAGCCUGUGAAGGAGCGCAACAAUGAUUUCUGUCCGAGUGACAACCGGAUAAAUGUGACGUGUGGGGAAGACACGUCCUACCUAAACGUAGAACCUUCGGAUCAGGCUGGGUAUGUUCUUCUCAGGAAAUGUCGCCCACGCUCUAUUUCACAAGUCUCUUUACAACAGCGAUACGUUUCUAGUUCUGCAAUCAUGAAUGCACGAUUCGAAUAUUGGCAUGACGCCAAAAGUUUGAUCAAACAACGAUACACAGGAACGUCUUUUCUACAGAACUUAUUUGACGAUUCUGGUUACGGCCCAGUCUUGUCCUUCGUUCAAACUCUAGGACCUGCUGUGACGGCUUUUCUCACAGACAGAAGAGGUCCAAUGACUACCACUCUACACACGGAUAUCGUGAUCGCUUUGCCGUAUCCAGGGUGGCCCGCGCAAGCACGUGAAUGGCUAUCACGUGAUAACAAAUAUGGGUGGCCGAGUGAAGCGAUGAAACGAGAAAUCCAGAACGAUGUAGGGUGUAUGAUAGUACCGAUAGGUCACUAUGGAAGUGACAUGGAGGACUUUCAAUGGCGGAUAUCCUUCUCGCGCGCAGAAAUGAUGUUAUCACGUUCAUUCACACGUGUUCAGCGCGAGCUUGUUCAUUUACUAAAAGCCUUUGAUAUAGGAGGUUCCUAUCAUAUGCUGAACUUGGUGUAUCGACUGAUCGAGAAUACACCAGGGGAACGUUGGAGAAGCAAGGACCUUGCAUCUCAGCUUUUCACUGUUGUUGACCAGUACAUAACCUGUAUUUGCGAACACAGACUGUCUCAUUAUUUCCUACCGAUCAUGAAUCUUCUAUCGAAAUUUGAGCAAGAUUUCGUCGAAGUGAAUGGCCGAAGACGACCAAUAAAUGAGCACAUAGAGACAGUUCUGAUACCUUUGUAUGAACUCCGGAUCAAUCCUCUCGACACAAUACUCAAACAGAGCAGGCAUUUGUCGUUAUGCCAAGGUAUCCGUCAGCGUGUGUUCGCUCCCCUGGUAAACGAGAUGAAGUCGUCGGGACCUCGGAGCAAGGUGAUCUUUGUCGAUACACUUGUUGCCCUAGCUAAGGGACAUCUUCACAAUAGAAAUUUACCAUUGGCGUAUAAGUAUGUCCAAGACGCAGUGAAGUUCAGCCAUAGAGUAAAGUUAGAAUUGUCUGAAGAGAAGCUGAUGGACUUACACCUGACUGCCGCCGUAUGUGGUUACUUGUCAGGGGAUACAGAUUCUGCUCUGGUUAGCCUGCAGUUACUUGAACAGUAUCUAGGUACAGAUAAACAGGGAUUCCAAAGUGUUGUAGACAAACGCCGAUCGUAUUACCUCCUCUUAUACGGGCGAGUGCUUUUCAUCAGGGCCUUUCUUACCCCUGACCAAAAUUCUACAGCUGUAGCCAAUACGAGAGAAAUGUACCGACGUGCCAUGGACACGCUUGUACCAGACACAUCUGUGUACCUAGACAGCCUCAAUUUCUUCAUGCGUCUGGGAGAAUCGGAUGAAGUCAGUAAACUUAUCUCUUUUCUGUCCGCGUACCUUCUUCCCAAUGGCGUGUGUGAUGACGUGCAAGAAUACACACCCAAAUAUGGCAGGGACGAACGUGAACAUCCGGUUGGAACCAACAUUGAUGAGGCUGUUGUAACUGAGAUUAACACACAGGGACCAAACAAUAUCGAGGACGAAGAGGAUAUACCCCAAUCAUCUACGUUAGAGCUUAGUGAAGACAUGUCUGAUAGUCCGGUCGACACGGCGUCUAGGGAUGGUCCUGUAGAAAGAGACAGCAGUGUAGAUACUGACCAGGACGGACAUAUUGAGGUGAUUUAUGAUCGUGAUCGUCACGUGAGGGAGGAAACAACAUCGUCUUGGACACCAAUGAACGACGAAUCACCGAAAUCCACCUCAAUUGCUGGGGAGGGCGAUUUCCAAUUAGACCCAGAGUCUGAUACAUUUCCUGAAGAAAUAAGAAAUUUAGAUUAUUAUUUCAUUGAGCGAAUUAAUUUGGCCAAAAGAUAUGCAAAGGUUGGUAUGGACGACAAAGCCAACGAAAUGUUUGGAAAGGUGAAAGAAAAAUUGAAAAUGGAGCAUGACAAUGCUGAUCAUAUCUUCUCCCUGGCUCUAGAAGCCAGUGAAUCAUUUGAGGAAAGCAACCGUUUUUAUGACUCCACCCCAGAAGAUUGGGACGAUAUCAUGAAGGAUAGCACUGGCUACCUUACAUACUGUGAUACAGACCUGCCCAUAGUUGAUGACAUCAUGGCUGCGCUCAUCCGUCGGAAGGCCGGAACAGUUAAAGUCACUCACAAGGAAGCAUUGCUUCACUUCCGGAUACAACAUUUCAAACUGUUACACGACUUCGAUCGCGCCGAAAGUAUUGUUUCCGAUCUGGAGUGUAUUUGUGGUAACAGUAUUCGGGAUGAAUGUCGGUGGUUGGUUAAACUUCACAAAGCCUAUUUUGGUCGUCAAACAAAAGAUGAUGAUGAUGAUGACUUGAACGAUAAACCUAACCGCGACCUUAGAGUGCUUGAAGAGGUGAUCACACGCAUUGACCAGCUGAUGGACAUGAUCAAAGCCCACGAGAUACGAAACUCGGCGAUGGAUGACAUAUUUAAUUUCUCUGACUAUUGACAGAAUGAGAACUGCUUGGUGCUGUGUUAUCUGACAGAACGAGGACUGCUGGGUCCUGUGUUAACUGACAUAACGAGGACUGCUUGGUGCUGUGUUAACUGACAGAACGAGAACUGCUAGGUCCUGUGUUAACUGACAGAACGAGAACUGCAAGGUCCUGUGUUAACUGGCAGAACGAGAACUGCUAGGUCCUGUGUUAACUGACAGAACGAGAACUGCUUGGUGCUAUGUUAUCUGACAGAACGAGGACUCCUGGGUCCUGUGUUAACUGACAGAACGAGGACUGCUGGGUCCUGUGUUAACUGACAGAACGAGGACUGCUUGGUGCUGUGUUAACUGACAGAACGAGAACUGCUAGGUCCUGUGUUAACUGACAGAACGAGAACUGCAAGGUCCUGUGUUAACUGACAGAACGAGAACUGCUAGGUCCUGUGUUAACUGACAGAACGAGAACUGCUUGGUGCUAUGUUAUCUGUCAGAACGAGGACUCCUGGGUCCUGUGUUAGGCGAUACAGACAGUAUAUAGGCGAUACAGACAGUAUAAAGGCGAUACAGACAGUACAUAGGUGAUACAGACAGCAUAUAGGCGAUACAUACAACAUAGACGAUAGCUUUGUAUCACUAUUUUCUCGCGCGUCCUUGGCCUUUCUAUCAGUAAAUUUUUGUGGUUUUGACGGAAGCACUCACAUCCGGCAUGUUUUCCGUUUUGAUCACUAAAUGAUAAAUUAACAUGAAGAUACCUGUGUGAACUCGAUUAAUUUGCAUGAAUCUGCAUAUUAAGUAUGAUGUCUUUAUAAGAAUUACCUACAGUACAUGUACAACACGUCAUCAAGUGCUAGAGAUUCGUGAACACAACAUUCAUUGUUCGUACUGACUAACGUCUAGUUAACAGGACUGUACGUCAGCGUUCGUACUGACUAACGUGUAGUAUUCAGGACUGUACGUCAGCAUUCAUGCUGACUAACGUCUAGUUAACAAGACUACGUCAGCGUUCAUACUGAUUAACAUCUAGUUAACAGGACUGUACGUCAGCAUUCAUGCUGACUAACGUGUAGUUAACAGGACUGUACGUCAGCAUUCGUACUGACUAACGUGAAGUUAACAGGACUGUACGUCAGCAUUCGUACUGACUAACGUGUAGUUAACAGGACUGUACGUCAGCAUUCAUACUGACUAACGUCUAGUUAACAGGACUGUACGUCAGCGUUCAUACUGACUAACGUCUAGUUAACAGGACUGUACGUCAGCGUUCGUACUGACUAACGUGUAGUUAACAGGACUGUACGUCAGCGUUCGUACUGACUAACGUCUAGUUAACAGGACUGUACGUCAGCAUUCGUACUGACUAACGUGUAGUAUUCAGGACUGUACGUCAGCGUUCAUGCUGACUAACGUCUAGUUAACAGGUCUGUACGUCAGCGUUCGUACUGACUAACGUGUAGUUAACAGGACUGUACGUCAGCAUUCAUACUGACUAACGUCUAGUUAACAGGACUGUACGUCAGCAUUCGUACUGACUAACGUCUAGGUAACAGGACUGUACGUCAGCAUUUAUACUGACUAACGUCUAGUUAACAGGACUGUACGUCAGCGUUCGUACUGACUAACGUCUAGUUAACAGGACUGUACGUCAGCGUUCGUACUGACUAACGUGUAGUUAACAGGACUGUACGUCAGCGUUCGUACUGAUUAACGUCUAGUUAACAGGACUGUACGUCAGCGUUCAUACUGACUAACGUGUAGUUAACAGGACUGUACGUCAGCGUUCGUACUAACUAACGUGUAGUUAACAGGACUGUACGUCAGCGUUCAUACUGAUUAACGUCUAGUUAACAGGACUGUACGUCAGCGUUCGUACUGACUAACGUGAAGUUAACAGGACUAUACGUCAGCAUUCGUACUGACUAACGUGAAGUUAACAGGACUGUACGUCAGCAUUCGUACUGACUAACGUCUAGUUAACAGGACUGUACGUCAGCAUUCGUACUGACUAACGUGAAGUUAACAGGACUGUACGUCAGCAUUCAUGCUGACUAACGUGUAGUUAACAGGACUGUACGUCAGCGUUCGUACUGACUAACGUCUAGUUAACAGGACUGUACGUCAGCAUUCAUAAUGACUAACGUCUAGUUAACAGGACUGUACGUCAGCGUUCGUACUGAUUAACGUCUAGUUAACAGGACUGUACGUCAGCAUUCGUACUGACUAACGUGUGUAUGACACGCACGGUGGACGACGACGGACGAAGCACAACGACUAUAGGUUAUCAUGACCCUUCGGAUCAGAUGAAGUAAUAAAAUUAAUGUGUAUGAAA